UGGCUGUUAGAAUUGUCAAUAUAUCUAUGUAAAUUUAAUAAAAAGUCAAAGGAUGAGUAUAUUUUUACUCACUUCGCUAUAUAACAGCGAGCACUUUUUAUUUUUAAAUCUUUCGCGGAAUAUUGUCAGAGCUACCAACUUGCUCGACCUCGUCUUUCAAAACAUGCUCGUAAAAAUGGCAGCCUCGGGAGGUAUCAUUCUGAGCAGUAUUAAUACCAUCCACAGGUUUGGUGUCUAUUCCGGCAUUUUCCCUGGAGUACUGUCUCAAGUUCGACACUAUGCUGCCAGAAAAGGUACAAGGGAAAAGGCAAAGAAGAAGAAAGUCAAAGUGGAAGUUAAGAAGUUGACUUUUGAAGAGAAAGUCAGGCGAUCCAAAAAAAUUAACAUUAUCAAGCCUGAUGCAAUGAUUACCAAUGAACACACUAAACCUGUAGCGGUAGAUGACGUCUUCUAUAUGAGAUAUUUUCGAUGGAAAGUUUAUUCAUUUGCAGAAGCUAUUCAGAAUCAUAGAGAAUAUUUUCAUCCAACAAUGUAUGAUGCUCCAGAUUCUAUAGUUUGCGUCAAUGCGGAACUAAAUUUGACGGGUGUCAAAAAGACAAAGCCUGUAGGAACUUUUAACAAAAUAGUUCCUGUAAAACAUCAUUUUGACCAUGGCGAAGAAAGAAGACUUUUAGCUUUUUGCAAAGCGGAAGAAGAUGUAGCGGCAGCCUUGGAUGCAGGUGCUGUUUUAGCUGGAGGAUCGGAUAUAAUAAAACUCAUAUUGAGUGGAGAGAUAUCGAUACAUAAUUAUGAUACAGUUGUUGCUCAUCCUUCCAUGAUGCCUGAGGUUUUAACUCUUAGAGGCUUAUUAAAGAAGAAAUAUCCAAAUAUAAAAAAUAGUACUCUGGGCAUGGACAUAAAAAGCAUAGUUCACUUACAUCUUCACGGAAUUAAGUACACUGCAAAACCUUACGAACAUUUUCCAGAAUAUGGUGUUGCAGAAGUUCCAAUUGGAAAGUUAUCAAUGGAAACCGAGCAUUUAGAAGAUAAUCUGCGAUCGGCGAUCGAUUCCAUUCUGUCAGCCAAACCAAAAAGGCCAGGUCCCUUUAUCACGAGACUUCGAAUAAUAUGCCCACCCUCUCUCGAAAAAUUCAAAAUCGACGAUAAACUGUAUAUUGAAGAGGAGCCAGAAGUCAAGCAAACUGAAAAAGGCGAAGACGACGAAUACGAUGAUGAAGAAGAGGUCGCAGUUCCUGUAGCCGCUUGAACAUUUGCAUUCGUCUAUUGUACGUAGGAAAAGAGCGUUUUAUAAAAAAAGUAUAUACAAUAUCUUGUAAUGUUGGUUCUGUUAUAAAAUUUUUCGUUGAACAAUUCGAAA